CCGCUAUCUGAACGUCCGCUAAAACGGCCUUCGCGAGUUUCCCAACGCCGUUCUACAACUCUCGACGCUCGAAAUAUUGGACGUUAGCAGAAACAAGAUCAGGGAAAUUCCGGAGGAGGUAUGCCACUUGAUCUCGCUCAAGGUGCUGGCGAGCGACCCAGCGCAAUAGGAUCGAACGGCUGCCGCUUGUUUAGGCGGUUUCAACAGCUUGUAUGCAGCAGCAGAUUCGCUGCCACCAUCCCCGGACUGGGGAACUUCAAAGGCACAAUCGUGCACCCCCAGGUCUGGUCAGAGGAUCUCGAUUACGCAGGGAAAGAUAUGGUCAUCAGUGGGAGCGGCGCCACCGCUGUUACCCUUCUGCCGAACCUUACUGAAAAGGCCAAGCAUGUCAUGAUGCUGCAGCGCUCGCCAAGCUACCACUGCUCUUGAAGAAGGUUCAAUGACCUUGGCCGACCAUGCAGGACCGAGCGCGCAAAGGCUCCACGAGGAUUGUGGGUGGAGUGGGUAGGAUUACGUGGAGGAAGAUAUGUGGGGGAACAGAUAGAUAGUUUUUAAGCAGCACUCAUCUUGCACGCCUUCGAGAAAACACAAAGGAUACUCUGACCUUAUGACGGC